UGAGGCAUCAUAUGAUAUCCAGCAAUAUCACUGAAACACUGGCUGUGGUUGUGAUACAUACAAGUACACUUGUAUGUGAGAACUAAAGUAUUUUGUUGCACUUGAUUUGCUUUUUUUAUACGUGUUGUUGACUUUUAAAUAUUUUUGGUUUUGUCCAGCCAACAGUCAGGAUGCCCAUUAAAGAAAUAUUUGAAGUUGGCAAAUAUGCCGUGAAAGGAGCAAAGAUGUUGACAGACCCAGAGGGUUUCAAGCAGCAGAGGGCACAGGAAGAGGAACAGAAGAUGGCUGACUGGGACCAGAAGAAGGCAAAGAAACAAGCCAGAUAUGACAAAAAACUAGAUAAAAUUGGUGCAAGGACUGGCAGAGGUGGAGCUGCUCCAUCAGGUGCACCCAGUCAAUAUGGACCACCCCAAGGCCCAUAUGGUGGUCCUCCCCCUGGGCCCUAUGGUGGCCCACCCCCUGGGGCAUAUGGUGGUCCACCCCCUGGGGCAUAUGGCGGUCCCCCUCCUGGAGCAUAUGGUGGUCCCCCUCCUGGAACAUACGGUGCUCCACCCCCUGGGGGAUAUGGGGGUCCCCCUCCUGGAGCAUAUGGUGGUCCCCCUCCUGGAUACUAUGGAGGACCGCCCCCUGGUCAGUAUGGAUACCCAGGAUACCCUCAACCUGGCCCAUCUCAACAGCAACCUGGAGGCAGAAAUAGGAGAAGAUAAUCUUCAGACCCCAGAGAAGGCAGGCUAAGUGUGAUCUAUGGAUCUGAAUGAGUCAUCCCUGAAAUGAAGUCAAACAUUAAGAAUUAUUUCAACAAAAACACAUUUAAUAAGAAUAAUUUUAUUGAGCACAGAAAUAUUUUUACAUUUAAAGG